GUGGCGGCAUUAGCAGAACUGAAAAACUUUCCUUGUCGGCCUCUUGAAGUAAGAAACCUUUGUUUGAGCCAGAAUUCUUGACGUUGUUUGAACAUCAAAAGCUGUUGUUUCUGUUGCCUGGCAAGCACUGCUGACUAGGUGUAACUAAGCUUGAAGGUUUUCAUCUGUGACUGUUGCCAGAAAAGAUGAAGAAAACUACCUGGAGUAGAAAGAACUUUCUGCUUGUAGCAGGACUGUCACUUAUAGGUGUCCAUAUAGGAAGCAUGCUUGUUAACUUUGUUGCAAAAAAGUCUGCUCAAUCUCAUUCAGAAGCCAAAAGAGAUCGUCCAUGAUGAAAUCCCUUCCUGCUGUCACUAUUUAUCCGUUUUGCAACAUGAUGUAAGCCUCGUUUUAAGAGAGCUGUGAUGAGUAGUUUCAGGAAUGCUAUAUAUACUGUUUCACACUGAAAAUAAUAAUCCUUACCUGCAAAGAAUUCAAAUGUACUUCUCUUAAAAUUUAAAAGUGCAAUGAAUUAUAGCUCCAAGUGAAACGGAAAUGUUUUUUUGGCUAGAAUUAAAAUCUUACCUUCAGAA